CUCUUCUGCCUGUCGUAUGAUCAGCAUCAUCUCUUUUUGUUGCCAGGAAGCUAAGACAUUUGACUCCAAUGCUUCUACAGGGUCGUAGGCAUGGCUUCAUCCGAGGGUUCUCAGUCUUUGCUGCCUAGGCGACAACGGGCUGAUAGCGGGGAUAGCGCCCAGUCCUUGCAAUACGAUGACUACACAGUCGGGUGGAUCUCCGCCCUUCCGCUUGAGAUGACGGCUGCUCAAGCUAUGCUGGAUCACAGACAUGAGCCACUGCGCCAGCAUCCACAGGACAGCAACUGUUACGAAUUCGGAAGCAUCAAGGGCCAUAACGUGGUUAUCGCCUGUCUACCCAAAGCACAGUAUGGCAACAAUAACGCGGCCAUUGUUGCGAAUAAUAUGAAUCGGACUUUACCUCAUCUUCAACAUCGUUUACUGGUCGGUAUCGCGGGUGGGGCACCUGGGACAGUUGACGUACGCCUUGGAGAUGUCGUGGUCAGCACAGAUGCCAUACAAUACGAUCUGGGGAAAGCCUUGCCCAACAACCACUUUCAGCGAAUUGCUAAAGCUACCAGUCCUCCCCAGGCACUACUGACUGUCGUUUCAAAGCUUGAGGCGAGCCAUAGAGGAGGCCAAAAUCGAAUGCUUGAGAUUUUGGCUGAGAAUGCAGCUCGCCUCCCUCAUUACUCCCAUCCAAUGGUUGAGGAUCGUCUCUUCCACCAUGAGUGUCCCCAUACUUCCUCAAGUUCAGACUGUGAUCUCUGUGAUAUAUCGCAGCUUAUAGUCAGGGAGCUGCGUCAAAACACCAACCCGGUAAUCCACCACGGCCGGGUUGCAUCAGGAAACCAAGUUAUCAAAGAUGCACUUACUCGAGACAGUCUAUCCAAAGAGGUCAAGAAUAUUUGCUUUGAGAUGGAGGCAGCAGGUGUUAUGGAUACUUUUCCUUGCCUUGUGAUCCGUGGUAUAUGCGACUACUCAGAUUCUCACAAAAACAAGGGAUGGCAGGAGUACGCAGCUUUGGUUGCCGCGUCGUAUGCUAAAGAGCUUCUGACAUCUAUACCCCCUCAAUUAUUGCAGCCUUCUAAGCGAAGAAAAGCCCAGAAACCCACAGCUCCGGAGCCUCUCAGCUCGGAAGUGGAUGAUUGUCUGAGAGAGAUGUUUGUGACAGACUCUUCACUAGAUCGCGAGAGCAUUCUCGAUGCCAAGGGUGAUAUCUGCGAGGGAACCUGUGAAUGGAUUCUGUCCACAGAUGAAUUACAGACUUGGGAUCAGAAUCCUCCUCAUCUGUUAUGGAUUUCCGCACCACCCGGCAUGGGUAAGACAUUCAUGUCUAUUCAUCUUUCUAAACACUUUGAGGCUAUUUCCAAGGAGAACUCUGGAGCUGCGACUAUUUUUUUCUUCUGCGACAGCAAGGUUGAAUCAAGAAAUACGGCAGUGAGCAUUCUCAGAAGUCUCAUGCAUCAACUCAUCUCGCGUCAGCCAAGCCUUAUUAACACAAUUAUACCGCAGUGGAAACAACAAUCACAGCGGCUGUUUCAAGAAGCCUCGUUCGGUGCUCUAUGGAAGCUCUUUGAAGACAUGAUUGCCAAAUCAGAGUUCAAGACUAUAUACUGCGUCAUCGAUGCCCUUGAUGAAUGCGAAGCCAACUCUCUGUCACUUCUGCUCCGAAAGUUCGAGAGACUUAGUCGAGGGCGUUUGGGCUCAUCUCCCAAAUUGAGGCUCAUAUGCCUCAGCAGAAGGUAUCCAGAGAACAUACCCGAAGCUCUUUUGCUUUUUGCAAAGAUGGAAUUAGAUUCGAUGACUGCCAGAAAAGAGGAUAUCAAUCAAUUCAUCACGUCUCAACUCCAGGAACUCGCUCAGAAGAAAAGGCUCAGUCGUGAGAUGUGGUCUAGCUUGGAACAGACUUUCCGAAAGAAAUCUGAGGGGACUUUCCUUUGGAUUAGCUUCAUGGCUCAAGACUUGCAGAAACAGAGAUUGCUUGAUUUUGAGGCGUCUCUCGAGAUGCUACCAGCUGGAUUGGACGCAGUUUACGACAGGAUUCUGCAAAAUAUCGACUUUGAAAAACAGGAAAUGAUUCGUGGCAUCCUCUAUUGGGUUCUCGUCGCUAAAAGCCCUUUUACGAUAUCUCAGCUGUGCGAGGCAGUCGAUAUAGAACCACGAGGGUUCUUGACGCGCGAAAAUGUCUGCAUCGAGCUGAUCAAGUGUUGUGGCCAUUUACUUCAGAUAAAAGAUAAACACAACCGAUCCUACACGAAACAGACGGUCACAUUUCUCCACCAAAGUGCAAAGGAUUACCUGAUGAAAUCCGAGCGCAGGCAAAUAACAGGACUCGCCCUUCCCCAGCUGCACGAGCACGCCACGAUUAUUUUGAUUCGAUACCUGGAAAGCAUCAGCAGCCACCCUGGGAUUGAGAGCAGACAAUGGCGUGAUAUAAUGAAGGAUUUCCCAAUGGCCGAUUAUGCUAUGCAAAAUUGGCAUCGUCACUUCGAUACGCUAGAAGAUAUUACUCAAGUCAUGCAGCAAGGAGCGAGAUUCUUUGAAGAAGAUUCAAAAGCCAGACUAAUGUGGCAAAAUCUCUGUAGUUUCGAUGAUGACGAUGAUUAUUAUUCCCCUAUGCCCUUGCUACAUUUGUCUGCCAAGUUGCUUCUAAACAGGUUGACCGAGUGGUGCUUGAGAAGUGAUCGAGAACUCGAUCUCGAGGCUGAAUGGGGUAUGUCUCAACAUACGGCGCUUUUCUAUGCUUGCGAAAAGCAGCAGGAAUACAUCAUAACUUUACUUCUUGAUGCAGGCGCCAACGCCGUCGCCGCCCAUUGUUCACACACCAAUGCUCUUGAAGCAGCUUUAUCCUACUGCAACAGACACAUCUUGCACAUUUUGGCACAAUCAGAAUCUUGCAGGAAUUUUUUAAUCGAGAAAGGUUCUAAGGAAGAUGGCAGCUUGAUCAAUGUUGCUGCUGAGAGCGCAAAUGAGGAUGCGUGUCGCUUCUUGAUCGAGGAUCUUGGAUGGGACCCCAACUGGCAAAAUGGGAGAGUUGGCCAGUUGGCCCUGUCCUCCGCCUUGGAAAAUGGCCACGUCAAUCUUGUCAGGUGUUUUGUCAAAGAGUGGAAUGUUCCCAUUGGGGAUCACUCAGACAAACUAAAAGCAGCUUGCUCCGCUUUUACACCUGAAGAUGAUUUCGAACAAUGUAUACGAUUCCUAGUAGAUCAUUGCUCCGUUGAUAUCAAUGCUACAGAUGAGGAAGGUCACAAUGCUUUAUGUGCCACGUUCCGAACAUGGGAUUAUUGGACGUUUUCCAGGACAAGAACAUUAUUACAAUUUGGCUGUAGUCCUGACCAGCCCGACAGGCUCGGCCUAACACCUAUGCACUGCCUCGUAAUAAAAAACUCUCAUUCUGAAACGUCGAAUUUCCUAGACAUCAUGGAACUUUUAGUCGGUAUGAGUCAAAACGGUGUCAACCAAGUGUGCUUGAAGGGGCAGACAGUAUUGCACUACCUCAUACUAGGCUUACCGGCCUUCCUGACUCAGUCAGUUCGUCACAGAUUUGCAGACGGGCCCCCUCUCUAUUCGAUGCUAUCAGCAGUAAUUAGCCUUUUGGACUUGGGUGUUGACCGAAAUAUCCGAAACAGUAACGGAUAUACUAGCCUAGAUAUUUUGCGAGUUGUGCAGGCCACUAUUGACCAUGAAUGGAAAGGAUUAGCACAGGUGGAGGUAAUUAUGAAGUCUGUGAAUCUAGCUAUUAGAGUGGUUGAAAGUUACUCUACCGUUCCUAAACACUAGGAUAGCACCUGGAUUUAGGGCAGUUGUGGCCAUCAAUCGGGCAUUCACUACCGCAGGAUUAUUAAGUUUAAUUCUUACAAGUGUUAGGUUCUAAGUCGAGGGAAAUAUAGUGUUAAACUACUGUUUUUUACUGUCAAAAUUACAGACGAUACACCAACUUCUCAG